AUGCCUUUCUCUUCGCCGUCUUCUCCGCAUGUAGCGGCCAACCAUCCAUUCUUCUACGACUUCGACGACUACUCGCCGUCCGAGAGCGAUUCUACGUCAAUUACCUCUUCUUCCGACGAUGAAGACGAUGAACUUGUUUCGCAGCAGCAACCCCCCGACCAAGCAUCCGGGAAAAGACUUCAGCGCCGCGGCACCAGAAAGAGCUUGGAAAAGAUAAAAUGUCAUGAGCGCGAAAACCACUGUGAGGAUGAGACAAGGGCAUCCGAAAGACGCUACUCGCGUUUCUCGGUGGGGAACCAGUACUUCAAGACCAAAGGAAAAGUGUCGAGGCUGGACGGACGCCUGAAGAUAUCGGUCAACGAAAUUGCCAACAGCGGAUGGCUGGCGAAGGCGCUCGGAUCCGGUAUCCGGCAUCAUUUAGGCCUCACGAAAGGACAAGGGGGCGAAGAAGGCGAAGGUGAUGCGCGAGACCUGACCACAGAACAGGGGCAGCAGGAGAAACCGCCUCUCGAUGGCAGAAGACCUACCGAAGCCCUUCCGAGCAACAUCCCGAGACUGAACAUCGUCAUCAUCGUAAUCGGCUCCCGGGGGGACGUUCAGCCCUUUUUGAAAAUCGGCAAAAUUCUGAAGACCGAAUAUGGCCAUCGCGUUCGCAUUGCCACGCACCCGGCUUUCAAAGACUUUGUUGAAAAGGACUCCGGCCUCGAAUUCUUCUCCGUCGGCGGCGAUCCGUCUGAGCUGAUGGCGUUCAUGGUGAAGAAUCCGGGGUUGAUUCCCUCGGUCGAGACAGUGAAGACUGGGGAGAUUGGAAGGAGACGAAAGUCGAUGUACGACAUGUUCAAUGGCAUGUGGAGGGCUUGCAUCAAUGCAACGGACGACGAAAAUGAUAGAGAAAACGUGGGAAUGAUGGCAGACAAAAACCCCUUCCUCGCGGAUGCGAUCAUCGCCAACCCCCCCAGUUUCGCCCACGUUCACAUCGCAGAACGGUUGGGGGUUCCCUUGCACAUGAUGUUCACGUUUCCAUACACUCCAACGACUCAGUUCCCGCAUCCACUGGCGAACGUAAAGCAGACCGACAUCGACGAGAGUUAUACCAACUUCAUGAGCUACCCACUCGUUGAGAUGAUGACCUGGCAGGGUCUCGGCGACCUGGUCAACAAAUUCAGAGUCAAAACCCUGGGUCUAGAGCCAGUCAACACGUUGUGGGCUCCUGGCCAGCUGUACCGACUGAAAGUGCCCUACACAUAUCUCUGGUCUCCCUCCCUCGUCCCCAAGCCUCCAGACUGGGGCCCCGAGAUCACCAUCGCCGGCUUCACCUUCCUCGACCUCGCCUCCACCUUCACGCCGCCGCCCGCCCUCGUCCGGUUCCUCGCCGCCGGCCCGCCGCCCGUCUACAUCGGCUUCGGCUCCAUCGUCGUCGACGACCCGGACGCCUUCACCGCCAUGAUCCUCCACGCCGUCUCCCUCGCCGGCGUGCGCGCCCUCGUCAGCAAAGGCUGGGGCGGCAUAGGCGGCAACAGCAGCAGCAGCAGCAGCAGCGGUUCCAGCAACCCCUCCUCCUCCACCCUCCCCAUCCCCGACACCGUCUUCCUCCUCGACGACACGCCGCACGACUGGCUCUUCCCGCGCGUCGCCGCCGUCGUGCACCACGGCGGCGCCGGCACCACGGCCAUCGGCCUCAAGUGCGGCCGCCCCACCGCCAUCGUGCCCUUCUUCGGCGACCAGCCCUUCUGGGGCGCCAUGGUCGCCGGUGCCGGGGGUGGUGGCGCCGCCAACGACGACGACGACGACGACGACGCCAACGACGACGCCGGCGUGUGCGUGCCGCGCCGGCGGCUGACGGCGGAGCGGCUCGCCGCGGCGAUACGGCAGUGCGUGGGGGACGACGAGGGGGGGGGGAGGCGGCGGCGGAAUGCGGAAUGCUUGGCGGAGAAGAUCGCGCGGGAGGGGGAUGGCGCGGAGAAUGCGGUGGGGUUGUUUCAGGGGGGGUUGCCGCUGGGUCGGCGUCGUCGUCGUUGUCGCGUGCGAGGGGGUCAGGCGGCGGGAGAAGGGGAGGGAGUGGUGGAGGGUGAGGGUGGCGGCGGGCCGUCGAUGCGGUGCAGUCUGUUGGAAGAGAGGGUUGCGGCGUGGCAGCUGAAGGACAAGAAGAAGAAGAAGAAGAAAAAGAAGAAGUGUGGGAAGCGGAAGGAGGGCGGCGAGGUGGUGAAGCUGAGCGCUCUGGCGGCCGAGAUGCUGACGCAGCGGGGGAGGCUGAAGUGGGCCGAUUUGCAGUUGGCACGGACAUAUGACUGGAACGACUUCGACGGACCGGGCGAGCCCAUCUCGGGGGUCGGCAGCGCUGUGGCGGGGACGGUGGUGGAGGCUGCUCAGGGGGUGGGGUCGGUGCCGGCGAAGGCCGUGAAGAGCGUGAAGAAGCACAGCCGACACCGGCAGCUGGCGCGGCAGGAAAGAGAAAGGCAGAUCCAGGAAGAAGCCGCUCAGGAACUGCCGUAUCGAGACUUCCUCCUAGGCGACAACGCCAUCGGGGUGACGGACAGCAAUACCACCUCCACCACCGACGAGCAUCUCCACCACACCAACGACUCCCUCCCCACCGAACUCCGCCGCACUGCCCUCCACGGCCUCCACCAAUCCGCCUCCGCGCUCGCCCGCGCGCCCGUUGACCUCGCCCUCGCACUGGCUCAGGGCUUCCACAACGCGCCACGGCUGUAUGGCGACGACACGGUACGGCCGGGCCCCGCCACCGCCGGCGGCGGCAUCACGGGGUGGCACUCGGGCGUGCGCGCGGCACGGAGAGAGUUCGCGUUUGGCAUGCUGGAUGGCUGGACGGGGUUGUGGAAGCAGCCGGUGCAGGGGUGGCGGCGGGAACGGCUGGCGGGCGCGGUGAAGGGCGUGGGUUUGGGCAUGGGCGGCGUGGUGUUGAAGAAUGUGAGUGCCGUGGUGGGGCCGGUGGGGUUCUGCGCGAAGGGGUUGCAGGAGGAGGUUAGGCGGUGGAGAAGGGGGGAUGAGGGGGAAGGGUGGGAUGGCUUCAUGAGGAGGGCGAGGAUUUUGCAGGGGAGGAGGGAGGAGGAAGAGUUGAGGUUGAGGGGGGAUGCUGGGGCAGCGAGGAGAGAGGUCGAGGAGAGGGUGUUGCAUGCUUGGGGUGUGAUGGUCGAGGAGGCGGGAGAAGCUGGUGGUCAAAAUGGGAGGGAACGUGUAGGAAAGAAGGAGGGAGGCGAUGAGGAGACGACACGGAUGAAGGAGUCAGAGAAGUCUGUCCCGCGCCGGAGGUCGACAUUGAAGAAAAAUCAGCGUCCACCGCGCAGGAAUACAAAAAAGAAUUGA